AUGCCACCUGCUGGAGCCAUACCUGUGCCGCCCCAUGACUGGCUUCCAGGUCAAGCUAUCUACGAUGAACCCAUCGGGCAUCACGUCGUGGACCCGAUUGCCACUGUGUUGGAUGACACAAUGCCUUUCACAAGUCUCAAGCCCAAGAAAGGCAAGACAGUAAAAUAUUCGGAGCCAGUGCCGACAUCUUACAAAGGCUACUUCUUGCGAAAGGAUCCACUACCUGGCCAGAAACCCCACUGGGGCCGAGUUGGCAAACGUGAUAUCGGCCUUGACAGUGCAAAGCUACUGCAGAUGGCUCGACUCCAUUUGAAAGGAAGGACUGGAGCGCUGGAGACAGCGUACAACAAUCUGACAUCGAGUCAGCAAGGCGUUGUGAACAACGUGCGCGACGUCGAGAACGGCUUAGAGAGGAACGCAAACGCGGAAUGGGUGUUGGCGGACGUUCAUCGCUACGGUCCCGAGCGUUUUGGUAACUUGACGGAUGUCACCAAGAUUGGUGUCAUCUUGCGAAGGCAGGACAAGCAAAAGGGCAUGAUCGACACCAAGACAACAAAUCUUGCCACUACCUAUUACGGCCCGGACGAGAUCAUCGACCUCCAAGCUCCCACACAGGGAACCAAGGAGAAGUCAGGGAAGGCAAACGGUCGCAAGAACUCAUCGCCAUUGGAAUCCAUUCGUCGAGGUCGAUCACCAGACAUCUUUGAUCCGGUCAACAUGAACAUGAAUCCCUUCGACGAGCCAAUUCGACAUCAUCAGCCAGUGCAGCAGCCAUGGCCAGAGACCAUGGCCCCGCCACCGGCUCCAAUGGUGCCACAAUAUCCCGACCCGGUCGCAGCGAUGGGUGGCCAUCCGGGCCCGCCACCGCCAAUGCCGCCGCAGAACUUCAAUCCGUUUCAACCAUUCCCUGGCGUCAUGGAGCCCCCACUGCACGGGCCCAUGUACAAUCAUCACGAUCAUCGCGGCCCCCGUGCCCUGACACCAAUACCAGACCCGACUCGACUUCGCCGAAACAGUAGUGCCAAACGACUAAGUCGUGUAGAGAAUGAGAACCGUCGACUCGAAGCUGAAGUAGACGAGCUCCGGGAUCGAAUGGAAGCUUUCCCGAUAGGUAGCAAUUCUUCCGGAGCUAGUGCACGAGAUCGCGCGAGGGAUAGGUUCGAGGCGUGGAGUGGUACUGGCGGAUCGCGCACGCCUCAAUCGUCACCGCCACGCUCCGAAGACCUGUUCUACGAAGAAGGUCGCCGCAAGCAUUCUCGUGAUCGCAAUGGUGGGCGUCGCAACGAGCGACAAUACCGGGGAGAGAGGCGUGAUGGCAAGUACAGGACGAAUGAGCGAGUAGAGGUCCGGGCCCACGCAGCUGGUCGCCCGCGACGACUGUCAGGUCGGGAUUAUGACCGUGACGAGUAUGAUGGCAGGCGUUCGCCGCCUCGUCUACAGCGUGCCCACACCUCAGACUACCCACUUGGCAGCAUAGGCGAUCGACGUGAACCACGAUACAUUGCUCAGCAGCCGCAACUGCGCCGUCAGCUCACCGACUACCCUGAUGCAGUGCCUUACGCUGAAUACACUACUACUGGUCGACGAAGAGGCGGCCAAGCGUCGAGUUUCGAUCCCAUGGCCGAGAUGUUUCAAGCGGGGAGGCGAGCAGGGCGUAAUGACGGACACUAUGAUGGACGACGGUCGGAGUUCGUCGAGGCUGAUAGAGACUACUAUCAUUGA